GUCGCGCGCGCGGCGUGUCUUUCGUACGGGCCAUGGCCUCCAUAGACACGGAGGCGAGCGAGGCAGCCCGAGCCGCUCCUCGCGUUAUUGCUAUAAGAUAGAAAGAGAGAAAGAGUGAGUGAGUGUGAGAGAGUGAGAGGGAGCGAGAGAGCGAGAGAGCGAGCGAGCGCGCGAGAGAAAGAGAGAGAGAGAGAGAGAACGAACUAGAAAGAAAGAGAGAGAGAGAGAGAUAGAGAGAGAAGACGGGUCUGAGAGCGACGAUCGCGAGGAGUAGUAGCAAUAAUUUCUAACUCGAGUCAAGAUGGCGGCGGCGGUGGUGGCGGACACGGUGGCGGUGCUCGCCAGGGGCGACAAGAUCCUCGUCACCGUCGAGUCCGCCCUGCCGGAUAUCCUCGUCGUGUCCUUCGUUCAUGGUGCCAAGUGUUUCCAGGGUGCGCUCCUCGACGCCACCAAGAGGGGUCUUCCCUGUGGCGUUCAACCUCCGGAACCGGUACCGGAUCCUGACGGCGACAAGUUGGCGACGAUCGCGGCACGGUUCAGUUAUUUCCAAGAUAGGAAAAACACGAGCGGUCCGACUAAGGUCGACUUACGUAGGAGCAUAAAUCCACCAGCUAGAUAUAAAAACGCACGGCCAACGGUCAGGCUUAGGCCCCGUCAAGUUCUCUGUAGCAAGUGUCGUUCGAUUUGUAAUGAGAAUAGCGAGAACGUCGACGUAAGCCGUAAACGAAAGCAUGAUGAGGAACAACAGCAGCAGCAGCAACAACAGCAACAACAACAACAGCAGCAGCAGCAGCAACAACAACAACAGCAACAAACUCAACAACAUUCACAUCAUCAACAGCAACAAACUCAUCAACAGCAAUCAAGUGUACCUACGAGGAGAAGCGAUCGUCAACGUUGUAGUCAGCAACCGCAAAAGAAUCAAAGGACAUUCUUUUCGGAAAAUACGAAUACGACGAUGACUGCGACGGUGACGGCGACGGCGACGGCGACGGCGACAACGACGAUGAUGACAACGGUGAUGAAACCAGCGACGUCCUCGUCGAGUCCUGACUCUUCGAAGCUUGGCCCAUCUUCUUUGAUACCAAAACUUUCAAGAUUACAACCGAACGAGAUCAGCAACGCUAUGCAUGGACCUGGUAAGGUAGAACUGCCAACAGGAGUACCAUCUACUUAUUGGAGUAGCAGCAGCGAGGCUGAUGAUUCGAGCAGGAAUACCCUAACGCGUCCAGAGGAUCGAGUUGAGUCUACGGAUUGCGAUAGUAAUCCUUCGAUGGCUUAUUGCGCAACACCGAGAAGAUUGAGUAGCUCCUCGGUGGAGAGUGCGAAGGUGCCUGAAGAAGAGGAUAAGAAGACCUUGGCUGCGGCUGAUUCGACGAUGAGACCGAGGAUCGGUCGAGUACCAAGGAAAAAAAGAUCAGUUGGUUCUAUGGAGGAUCUUUGGGAUGAGUCUGUGUUCGAGGAUCCAACGAGAACUACCAGGACCACACCUAUUAUCAAGAUUUCUUUCGGUGCUCAAGGAGAGGGUACCGUAUUGAAGAUACCUUCGAAAAUUCAAGACCCAGAAUACGAGCAGGAGACCGAUGAUCCGGACGACGUGCAAGCUGAAACCGAUCGAGAUCCUUUGGAAUUACCAAGGAAUUUCGAUAAUGGUUAUGAUUAUUGCGAGGAUGUUGAGGACGAUGGGCAAGAACAGAUAGAUCCGCAGAAGCAGGGUGUAAAGGACGCCAGUGCUAAGGCUGCGAAAAGAGCAUUGAAGAAAGCUAAGAAGGAAGCAAGAAGGAAAAUGUUGGGCGGUGGUGUCUCACCGGCCAGAUCACCUUGUAAUGGUUCUCCACGAUAUAACACAAGCUACGAUCCUUUGCUUUAUCAUCGUCGCAAGCAUAAGGUGAAACAUAAGAAGAAACACAAGGAUGAUCGAAAACACAAAAAUCAACAGCAGCAACAGCAACAGCAACAGCAAGAAUCCUGUGUCGAGUCUGGUACAACGACAACGGAAUGUCAACAAAAUUGGAAUGUUCUACCGGGUGGUGAAACUUAUACGGCUAUAAAGGAACAGUGCCUGAAACAGAAACUCUCAAUCUCUUUGAAGAGGUUGAACACGAACGCUUACGCAAGAUGCGAUUAUCCUGUGAGCAACGCUUCGUCCGGCUGCAAAAGCCCCGGCGCCAGUAGCGACGAGCUUAGCGAACAGGAGGCUGAAGUGGAUGCCGGAGAAACUGCCCCGGAUUUUCCACCCCAGUCGCACCCUCUCGUCAUGCGUUUGGCAGCAACGCCAGUGGCUCAUUGUCUCACUGCCAAUGGCAGGAGAAUGGACGUUGGGGAUGUUGUGUGGGGAAAGAUCCAUGGUUUCCCUUGGUGGCCUGGAAAGGUUCUCAGUAUUACGGUUUCCUGUAAGGAAGAUGGUACAUCAUCCGGACCACAGGCUCAUGUAGCUUGGUACGGUUCCUCGACUAGUUCUCUCAUGUCCUGCGAUCAGCUAAGUCCCUUCCUCGAAACA